GUUCAGUGUGAUAAAGUUAGUAGCCGGUGUACGAUGUUUUCGUGACACAGUGUGAUCACAGUUCGAAAAAUUGAAGAAAUCUAACAGCGUGCAAUUCCCCGCGCGUGCGAACGCCUUACAUCGCUCGAGGAUCGUCAUUAACUCUCCGAGCGAAAGCAACGCAAGUAUUUUAACACGUUGAAUACCGUGAUGAUUAUCGACGACCGGCGUUACGAUACCACCACGUUGAUCUACGUGUAAGGAAUUAAUUAAUUUCGCCCAUGGAGACGGUUGUCGCUGCAAGUCACGGUGUGUGUCCGGUGUGCGGUAAGGACGCCACGCUGAAGUGCGGCAACUGCAAACGCGAGUUCUACUGCGACAAGUGCCAUCAGUCGCGGGACUGGCCGCGACACAGGCCCGUGUGCUGCGCCUGGGAGAUCCGCCACGAUCCCCAGCUCGGACGGCACCUGCUGGCUACUCGGGACUUGGUACCGGGAGACGUGAUCCUCUCGGAGGCACCUUUGGUCUGGGGCCCGUCGAUUCACGCACAGAACCAACGGCUUUGCGUUGGCUGCGGCGGACAAUGCGCCGAGAUUGACGUAAGAUGCGGCAAGUGCUGCUGGCCGGUGUGCAGGCCCGAUUGCCUCACCGACAAAAAGAGACACGAACCCGAAUGCACUCUUCUUGCACGCGCUAGAAUCAUUCCCAGAUGCGACGUGCUGCUGGUGAUCCGUAUGCUGAUACUGUGGCGCACCAAGUCGAAACGCUGGACGUCCUUGACCAAUCUGCAGAGUCACGAGGACUCGCGAGGACCCGGUACAGAGGCGCACGACGAAGUAAUGAACAUAAGUCAGCAUCUCGGCCCGAUCGUGGCGAUGGCGCCCGAUUGUAUGAGCGUCUUGCCGAAAAUUUGCGGUCUGAUCGAUGUGAACGCGCUCGAGACCAUGCCACCGGAGGGCUCGUUCGCGAUCUACGAGAACGCGUCCCUCCUGGAACACUCCUGCGUGGCCAACACGCGACACUGUUUCCGCCUUGACGACAAAGGCAGGCCACGUAUCACGGUGAACGCGAUCACGUCCAUCAAGAAAGGAGAGCAUCUGAGUACCAUGUACACGCACGCGCUUUGGUCCACGCGGGCCAGACGAGAGCACCUCCUCGCCACGAAAUAUUUUACCUGCCGAUGCGAACGCUGCGCCGACCCGACGGAAUUGGGCACGCACUUGGGCAGCUUGCGGUGCCCCUGCAGAAACGGCUUCAUGCUGGCGAACGAUCCUUUGAACCCGGACACCGAUUGGUCCUGCAACGCGUGUCCUGGAACAGUCACAUCCGCGGAAGUCGCGCAGUUGACGGACAGACUGGAGGAGGAAGUGACGGAAGUCAUGAGAAAGGCGACCCCGCAUACCCUCUCCGAUCUUCUGUCACGGCUGACGGUGCUCCUGCAUCCCGGUCAUCAACAUUGCGUGUCCGUGAGCCACUCGCUGAUACAGCUGAUACCGCUGAGCGACCCUCGCAAGUUGGAUUUGUGCAAGCGCAUUAUGGACACUGUGACCCGCCUGGACCCGCACGGCGCGCGUUUAGCGCUUUACACAGCAGUCACUCUGCGAGAGCUUGCGACCUGUCCCGGAGAAGACAGACUAGCUCAUCUCUUGAGAGCGGCCUACUUCCUGCAAUCGGAACCGCCAAAUUCGCCCGGCGACAAGCUCCUGAGACUCAUCAAACUGGAACUCAGCUACUAGAUCACUAAGAAUUACGAAGGGUAAUUACGAUUAGACUAUCUCUACUUUUAUUAUUCGUCGUAUAACAUCGGGCGAUGUGUUGUACAGCGUGGGUGUUCCACUAUAUUUUGAUUACAGAUUUUUUAAAUCUAUUUAAAGCCGAAUUUUCUUCGGCGGAAGUAUCGAAUUAGCGAUUUUCGAAUUGUUGAUGAUUAAAUUAGAUUAAUUAAUUGUAGCAAUCUCGAAUUAUUUGUUAGA